GCUUUUGAAGCCCUUUCCCCUCUCCUACACCCAGCCCAGUUUUAUUCUGACACCAGCACUGUGGGAAAGGGACAGGGCUUCAGGACACAGAUCCAUAAACACAAGUGGAGAAGACUGUAAGGACAUCAGCACAGCGUGAUAGCGGAAGAACCUUGACACUCAACCAUUCCUAUAAAAACAAGCCAAGGACUUUAGUUUACAUAUUCGGAGUAUUGACAUCUUUUCAUUGACUUGUUUAUAACACAGGAGAAAAAGAGUGGGAUUCCAGCCAUGAAGUUGAGUGUGGCAUUGUUUUUCGCUGGGCUUUUUGGCGCCUUGGCAGCUGUCUUCAUCCUCUUGUCCUUUGGUACAGAUUACUGGCUUUUGGCUUCAGAGACUUGCAAAACGGAGUCUGAUUUUUCAGUUCCUAUAGAGAGAGGUGAUUUUGUGGUGAACGAUGCUGCAGAUGCUGGAAACACUUCCAUGUUUUACCAUGAGGGCUUUUUCUGGCGCUGCUCUUUUGAAGGCAGAGUGGAAGAGGACAGCAUGUUGAAGUUCUGGUUUACAAAUCAGCCACACUCCAAAGUCUGCAUCCAUGCCUACCUGUUCCCCUUCCCACUAUCUGAACAGACCCACAAUGCAACUACCUAUGAUUCUGCUAUCAUCUACAGAGGCUUCUGGAGUGUCUUCGUGUUACUGGGCGUGACUGCAGUCAUACUGGGUGGCUUUAUCAUUAUUUGUGCUGCUCCAUUUGCCAGUUACUGCCUCUACAAGGCGGGUGGUGGACUUUUCCUCAUAUCUGGUUUCUUCCUCCUUGCUGCCACUGUGAUGUUUGUGAUCUGGGUGGAGGUGAUGGAUGUGGUGGGUUCGUAUGUGAUUUACCAAAAGGCUCAUCUUUGUUCAGGCUUUCAGCUAAAUAUCAUCUAUGGCCUCUCAUUCAUGUUCGCCCCUGUGGGCGUGUUCUUCUGCCUGCUGUCCGGUCUGCUCUUCCUCCUGAUUGGUCGGUCGGUGCAGAUGCAUUACCGCUAAAAACAUAAUGACACAGAGACAGGCCAGAUAAAGGAUAUGGCUUUAUGUCCAUGGUUAUGACUUUAUGACAAUGAGAAUGUGCUGUUAAGCUGAAAGGAAAGACCUAGACUGGGUUGCACCGGUUUUGCAUAAGUUUAUACUUAGUCUGAGCGUAAAGUCUUUAAUAAGUCCUUAAUUAACACUAGUUCAUUUCAACCUAUCCUUUUACUAAAUUUGGUUGCACCACAAAUCCUUACGUUGUGCAUUACCUAGUAACAACUAACUAAUGCGUAUGCUGCUUUAACAUGACGAUAACACAUUCAGAACCAACAAGUAAACCUACUGCCAUGGAAACGUGACGGCAGCACACUUUUUCCAUGGAAAAAAAUCCAGCAUAGAAGGGAACCAUGUGUACAAGUUAAACUGAAUAAAACAAAUUACCUACUUAACAAAUUAUCAAAUUAUCUUAUCUAGUGUCCUGUCUAGUUUGUGUGGUGUAACUACUUUUGAUUCAUUAACACAUAAGCCUUUACUUAUGUUAAAACUAGCCUACGUUUGAACUUGCACGUAGCUGGUGCAACCAGCCAUUGAUCUUAUUUUUUAGUAAAGGGCUGAUGGGAUGCUUUUAUUAUAUUUAGUGAGGGUGAGGGAUAAAGGGAUGGAAAGAUGAAGGGAAAUAUAUUAAAGUAUUUGUGAGGAAAACAGGCAAGAGUUGUUUGUGCAACCACUCAAGUGGCUCAGGCCUGACUGUGAGCUGAGUACUGUUAUAUUAUUAAAUUGUGAGACAGAGUGGCUGAAUGAAGAACGAUUUGGGAUCACUGUGUGUGUGUGUGGGUGUGUGUGUGUGUGUGUGUGUGUGUGUGUGUGUGUGUGUGUGUGUGCGUGUGUGCCCUUACAUAUAUGUUUGACUUCGUGUAAUAUGUUUGUUAUCUUUCUUCUAUCAGUGUGACUCAUUAUAAGGUCUAUAUUAAAAAACAAGCAAUUUGUGUAUUCAUGUACAUUUAUUAGUAUGAGCAAUGCCUGGCUAAUCUUGAUGAGCGAUUUUUGUUUUAGAAAAAAAAUGUUUUUGGUUCAAUGUGAGUCAUUUAUUGUUGUGCAUGUACCUCUUCACAAAAUGUUAUUUUUAUACCAGCUUUGAAUGGUUAUGAUACUUAUUAUAUGACAUAUAUGUCACACAACAUAACAUAAUACAUUUACAUGUUCUUAGUUUUCCUAUAUGCUGCAAGUUCUCAUGAAUGACUAGAGCCUUUUUAGCACAUGCUUACAAUUAGUUUCUGCUUUGUAAAUAUUAUUUAAUCUUGCUUUAAAAAGUGAUGUUUAAAUUUUAAUUAAUAAACUCUGAAAUAAAAAA